AUGGUCUACACCUGCUGCUCCAACAGUAGAGACACUGGCAAACCCUGUGCUCAUGGGCCCUAUGGCCCUGACACACAGGUAGUUUUGUUGUCUGCUACAAUGCCCUCUGAUGUCCUUGAGGUGACCAAGAAGUUCAUGAGAGACCCCAUUCGGAUUCUUGUCAAGAAAGAAGAGUUGACCCUGGAGGGUAUCCGUCAAUUCUACAUCAAUGUGGAAAGAGAGGAGUGGAAGCUUGACACAUUGUGUGACUUGUAUGAAACCCUGACUAUCACCCAGGCAGUAAUCUUUAUCAAUACCAGAAGGAAGGAGGAUGGACUCGCUGAGAAGAUGCAUGCCCGGGAUUUCACUGUUUCCGCCAUGCAUGGAGAUAUGGACCAAAAGGAACGAGAUGUGAUCAUGAGGGAGUUCCGGUCUGGUUCUAGCAGAGUAUUAAUUACCACUGACCUGUUGGCCAGAGGCAUUGAUGUGCAGCAGGUCUCCUUAGUCAUCAAUUAUGACCUUCCCACCAACAGGGAAAACUACAUCCACAGAAUUGGUCGUGGUGGUCACUUUGGCCGUAAAGGUGUGGCUAUUAAUAUGGUGACAGAAGAAGACAAGAGGACUCUUCGAGACAUUGAGACAUUCUAUAGCAAAUACCUACUUUUAACAAGCUGA